GCCUCUUAGAAGCGGCGAUGGCCACCAAGAUCGACAAAGAAGCCUGCCGGAGGGCCUACAACCUGGUCAGGGAUGACAGCACGGGGGUGAACUGGGUGACAUUUAAGUACGAGGGCUCCACCAUCAUCCCAGGACACAAUGGCGUGGAAUACGAAGAGUUUAUACGACAGUGUACAGAUGACAUUCGGUUGUUUGGCUUCAUCCGGUUCACCACUGGAGACACCAUGAGCAAGCGAGUCAAGUUUGCACUGAUCACCUGGAUAGGGGAGAACGUCAGUGGCCUUCAGAGAGCUAAAACAGGGACUGAUAAGACGCUCGUGAAAGAAGUUGUCCAGAAUUUCGCCAAAGAGUUUGUGAUCAGUGACCACAAGGAACUGGAUGCCGAUUACAUCAAGAGUGAGUUGAAGAAAGCCGGAGGUGCAAAUUAUGACGCUCAGACAGAGUAAACCCGGAAGAGGAACACACCAGUGCCUCCUGCAGCUACCUGAGUAGAUGUGUCAGUAUAGGAGGCAGGCAAGCACAAUUUAUCUGUGAAAACAAAACUGGAGGAUGACUUGAGGCAAGUUUGAGAACGAAGCUACUUCAUUGAAGGCCUCUCCGAAGCCUGUUCCUGUCUCCAGAA